CAACGUUCCACAACAUAUCUAUAUUGAUCAUGACCUCUUACAUACUUAAUCGGUCAAUCGCUCGAGCUUCUCGCAGAAUCGUGAGUCCCAAUGGCAGACCCUCGUUAUUUUGCACCAUCCGGCGGCGGACAUUCGCAGAUGUCUCUGAUGACGACACGACAUUACCUUUGAAGGGAUAUAAAGUGUUGGACAUGACAAGAGUGCUUGCAGGACCAUACUGUACCCAAAUACUCGGCGACUUGGGUGCAGAAGUUAUAAAAGUCGAACACCCUACUAGAGGUGACGAUACUCGAGCAUGGGGACCACCAUAUGCGAAGUAUCUCCCAGGAUCCGGCAAGGAAGGGAAGGGGGAGUCUGCAUACUUCUUUGCCGUCAACCGCAACAAGAAAUCUCUUGGCCUUUCAUUUCAACACAAGUCCGGCGUCGAAAUCCUCCACAAACUCAUAGCCGAUUCCGAUAUUCUAGUUGAAAACUACCUACCAAGUUCUCUAAAGAAAUAUAACAUGGACUACGAAACGGUUCGAAAGAUAAAUCCACGAUUAAUAUAUGCAUCUAUUACUGGGUACGGCCAGACUGGACCAUACUCUUCCCGGGCAGGCUACGAUGUGAUGGUUGAAGCCGAAAUGGGACUCAUGCACAUAACAGGAUCCCGAGAUGGACCUCCUGUGAAAGUUGGUGUUGCUGUCACGGAUCUGGCUACGGGGCUUUAUACCAGCAAUAGCAUUAUGGCGGCUAUAAUAGCACGAGCAAGAACAGGAAGAGGACAACAUAUCGAUGUUGCUUUAAGUGAUUGCCAGGUUGCAACAUUGGCCAAUAUUGCUAGUAGCUGUUUGAUCAGUGGAGAACGAGACCAAGGACGGUGGGGAACUGCACAUCCUAGUAUCGUCCCAUAUCAAAGUUACAAGACAAAAGAUGGAGAUAUUCUUUUCGGAGGUGGCAAUGAUCGCCUCUUCGGCCUGUUGAGUGAUGGGCUUGGGAGACCCGAGUGGAAGACAGAUGUCAAAUUCUCAGUGAACGCCGAAAGAGUUGCGAAUCGAUUGGAGCUAGAUUCCUUGAUUGAGAAAAUAACCAAAGAGAGGACGACUAAAGAAUGGUUGGACGUUUUCGAGGGCAGUGGUCUGCCGUAUGCAGCCGUCAAUGAUGUGCUAGAUACGCUCAACCAUGAACAUGUUCUUGCUAGAGGUAUGGUCAAAGAGAUGAAGCACGAGUGGUGCGGGGACAUCAAGAUGGUAAAUACUCCAGUAAAAUAUAGUGAGAGUAAGCCUGGGAUCAGAAGUGUACCUCCUAUGUUGGGUCAGCAUACAGAUGAGGUUUUGAGAGAUUUGGUCGGCUUAAGUGAGGGCGAGAUCGAGAGGUUGAAAGAAGAAGGUGCUGUCAGAUAAGG